AUGGCAACUAAUUUAAUAGUCGAUAUUGAAGAUAUAAAUGAUUAUAGUUAUUUCAUCGAUAAUUAUCAUUAUUUAUUUGAAUAUCGAUGUUUAAAAUCAUUUAAUCCAUUAAUAAAACAAGAAAAAUCAAAACAACAAGAUCGUUCAUUGCCAAACUCAAUAUUAAGUUCUUCACACAAUUCAUUUUGUCUUCGACUUCGACCAUAUAAUUGGUCGAAUACAGCAGUUCAUAUUAAAUCUUCAAUUGAACAUGUUAUUUUAUGUCCUAAAUUUACAAAUGAAUUUAUUGAAGAUAAAGCAAAAGAAGAUAAAGUUUUAAUAAAAUUUGCUAAUUGCAAAAGAAAUGGACGUCGAAAUGCAAUUUGUUCCGCUACUGAUAAACUUUUUUAUAAUCAACAGAUGAUUUUAUUUAUUACUGUUUCUCACGAAGUUCAAGAUGGAUAUAUCCCUCCGUAG